GGUGAGAUGGCUAGCGCUUGCAGGAAAGGGAUCGUGCAAAACGGAAGUAUAAUGGGCAUCAAUGACGAAAGUGGCACACCGAGCUAAAACGCUUCGCUUUUCUGGGUUUUCUGUUAAAAGUGACAAAGUGAAAAAGUUUGGCAUAAUAUGAGGAAAAAAACGUAACAGUGCUGUGCUGUGGUGGUUGUGUGUCGCUGAAACAGGAGAACAACGUCGAGAGAGAGAGAGAGAGAGAGAGAGCGAAAGAAAAGAGAGAGUGGCAAAGAAUAGUUGACGGUGCGCCGCGCGGUGGCAGCUGUAUCGAAAUGUGCGUAUGGUUUGUACAUAGAUUGUGUGUUCUUGUGUGUACGUGUGUGCGCACGGAAGGUGACUGUCGCCAUGCAAGUAUUUGCUGUAAUGCAAUGCUGAGCGUUUUUGAGUGAAGGGUAAAGUGCGUAGACGAGAGCGAAACAACAGCUACGCGUGCGAGCGAGAAGCAAGGCAGCGCGUGUGUAUUCCGUUGUGUGCGUGUCAAUGCUCUGUGGGCCAGGGUUUGCCUGUGUGUGGAUAAAAAACCGAAUCAACGAUUCGUUGUCGUCAGCCGUCAUCUUGGCAGCAGCUAGCAUUUUUGACAGUACAACAUUCGGCGCGGUAUUUCGUGGUGAACAUUUCUACGGAAGUUUACUUUUCUCGUUGUUCCAGUGGAUAAUUAUCGACUCAUCGAAAUAGUACAUAAAAGUUGAAAUUAUGCUUCAGUGUACAUCUAAACCAGACCGGCAAGGUAGCAAGUAACACAGCCAUAAUAACUUUGAAUGCUGCAAAACCACCUUCUUACCAAUGUGUGGCGUUCAGCGUCCGGCAGAUGACCAAUAGCACCGGAGGUGGCAUGUGUAGCGUUGCGCAUUGAAGGGAGCGACAGAUGUAACGCCAUUAACUACCAAUUUGGUGCUGCAGGAGACGAAAACAAACGUACGGGUGCAGGAGCGCGUAGCAGACCGUUGGAUGCUGUAAGCCGGGCCGGGUGGACGGUAUAUGUCGGAGGAGGCCGGCGGAGGCGUAGGAUCGGAAGGAAACGCUAGAAGGUCCUAUAAAUACAGUUGUACUCUCACGCACAAGACAAAAUAGGCCAGCAAAUUUAAAAUUACGAUCGACGCCGCACCAGGUUCCAUUCCGGUACGACACAAUCGGCAGUGAUACGCUCUGUGUUCCGUAGCGUUUACAAUCAAGCGGUUGCAAACGCCGAAGUGGGCAACGGUAGCGGUAGGAAAACAGUAGUGGUACCGUUAAGGGCUGCUACUUGUACACAGGGGCCAUCCCUGUCACUUUUCUUGUUUUCCCGGUUCCAAAGCGGCAUAGAAAAUAAACUUUAAUCUGACUCUCGGUUGGUUCGGUGGCACCUCGGAAAUGUCCGACACUGGUAGUGGACACGACGGAGGCGCCCAAAAGGACUAUUCACAGAAGAUGGACGGCGGAGGUGUGCUGGGCGGGGGAGGCAGCGGUGACUUCGAUUCUGGCCAGCAAAGCCAGCAGACGGAGCAAGAACUUGCCACGAAGAUGCUGCAGAUCCAGUCGAAGCGCUUCUACCUGGACGUGAAGCAGAAUCGGCGUGGUCGGUUCAUUAAGGUGGCGGAAAUCGGUGCCGAUGGACGGCGCAGCCAGAUCUUUCUGGCACUGUCGACUGCCGCCGAAUUCCGAGACCAUCUGUCGACCUUCAGCGAUUACUACGCAUCGCUCGGCCCGCCAAACCCGGACAACGUGCCCGAGGACGGAAAGCUGAAGUCGGAGAUGAUGAUAAAGGACAACAGACGGUACUACCUGGAUCUGAAGGAGAAUGUACGGGGACGGUUUCUACGCGUGUCGCAGACGAUUACGCGGGGCGGUCCACGCUCUCAGAUCGCCAUUCCGGCCCAGGGCAUGAUCGAGUUCCGCGACGCCCUAACCGACUUGCUCGAGGAGUUUGGCACCAACGAUGGUGGCUACAAGGGUGAGCUGCCCGAGGGGCGCCAUAUGCGGGUCGACAACAAAAAUUUCUACUUCGACAUCGGACAGAAUAGCCGGGGAAUAUACAUGCGGGUGUCGGAGGUUAAAAGCAACUUCCGCACCGCAAUUACGGUGCCGGAAAAGUGCUGGUCACGGUUCCGCGACAUCCUCACCGAUUACUGUGACAAAAUGAAGAAAACGUCCGAGUCAACUACUUCUUCAAUCACUGCCGAUAAUACUUUACAAAAGCAAACAUCAAAUAAUAUGUAAAAUUUUCGAGUUAUAAAAAUAAACAACAAUGAACAAGCAAAGGUAAGCAAAGGAAUAGUAACAAAAAAUACCCAACUGCUAAGCAAACAGACAGCAAAAGAAUACACAACACAAAAAAAAUAGAUACAAAAACAAACCUGGUCGAAAAGAUAGAGAACAGAUGGAAAGAGUAAUAUAAAAACAAAAAAAAAAAAACGAAUAAUAAUAAAGAUUAUAAUAAUGAUAAAUCGUAGAUCAAAUAGCGAUGAAAGCAGGUCAUGGGAAAAAGGAUUAAAAAUCGAACACAAGAGAAGCAUAAUACACACUGAUGUGCAGCGCUGACAGGAAAAUGAUAAAUAGCAGAUAAAUAAUAAAAAAGAAGAAAAAAAUACAGUUGGGAAUAUUUAGUGACAGGUGAAGCAAAUUCAGUUAAAAUCUAGGACAAACGAAUUGGUUGGUUUGUAGUUUGAAGCUAAAUUGAAAAUGGUGGUGGUUGGAGGUAGUUUGUGGAAACGUUAAACGGCAGCAACAUUUAAUAGCAAAAUGCAUAUUAAAAGAAAGUAAGAAGUAUAAUUCAUGUAGUGGAAAUGAUGAAUGUGACGCAAGGAACAGAAGGGGCGCACACACUCACGAAGGAGAUAUCCAUUCAGACGGAGUUGGUAAUGUGAAUUAGGUGGAGAAAAUAAGCUACACAUUUCCUCUCUAAUCAUCCUUUCCCCCACCUCCUCCCUACCCUUCCUAUUAUGUAUCGUUUUAUUAUUCUUAGGCCUUUGUGUUGUAAGAUUGUUUAAUUUUGCGUCUGUUACUUUAUUUAGUUUUUUUUUAAUUUACUUAUUUCUCAUGUUAUUAAUGCAACGGGAUAGAGAAACUAUAGACUAGGAAGAAGUAUGAACACCCGCCUUUCUACGCGCGAAUACACGUGAUACAUGCGUUAGAGUAAUGACCACACACCGUGAUCGUCUCAUCGCCUUUAAAAUCUUUUAACAAUUCCCUGUGUUUGUAGGCUAGAUUUGGAUCCCGUCUUCUAUCUAGCCUAGUCGAGAAGACCUCAUCAAAAGUCUUUAGCCGUGAGUCUUGAGACUGUUCUCUGUAAAAACAACUAAACGUUUAUGAUCGAUAAUUAGUGUUUGAAAGUAACCCAUUUAAAAAAAAACCUGCGGUCAAAGCUACACUGAAAAACAUGCAGGUGAAAACAAGAACAAUGAUAAGCAUCAUGCAAGGAAGGCAAAGAUAAGCAAGCACCCUGAUCACAAAACCCGACAAUGGGAAAGAACAGGAAGGAUUAAUGGGCAAGCAACUGCGGAAAAUAUCCUGCAAAAUUAACGAGACUAAUCAGAAUGGUCAGAUCAAAUCUGAAUAUAUAUGGAUACGUUGACAGCGAGUGGAAAGAAAACUAUUCAAAAGGUUAAAAUAAAUUGUUGUGUACUGCUAGUUUACGUUGUAUUUGUUUGUCCGUUAUUGCAGCAUUCGUGCUGCGAGACGAAAAAUAUGAAGAUACCACAGCGUAAAAGAAUAUAGCAGAAACCAAUACAUGAAGGUAAUUGCUGUACAGUGUACGGUCGCGUACUGUGUAAUCUUGUAUAGGCUUCAUUGAAUUGUUGUUGCUUCAUCCAGGAAAAUAUUUCACAGGACGUAGAUACGAAGAAUAACGGACAACACAAUCCUUCAGUUUCCCUCAUUUGAUCAUUAUUGGCAAAACGGCUUUCCGAUACGGAAAGCUUAUUUAGAGCAUUCAAGAGUAAUUUGCAAGACUAUGAGUAAACAACUUUAUUUUUCUACUGUAUACUUCCGUUGCCAACGCUAAUAUUUAUCAAGAGCUCACUAAGUUUUUGGAUCUAUUUUGAUUUUUUACACAAAACCUCUUUAUUGUAUUAAUUAAGUGACCAAAAUUGUGUAGGUCCCUUGGUGUGGUAAUGAGUAGCGCAUCCGAAUUUGACCAUCAGAUGGAUAGUAUAACGAUUACAGCUGUGGCUCCAAGCAAGUAAAAAGAAAACCUAUAUGGAAAACGCAAAUUAUAACGAAGUCAAUAUAUAUUACUGUUAAAUGUUACAAAAAGAAAAUGCAAAAGAGAGAAAAAAACAUCAACAAGCACAAAACAAAAUGCGUAAAACAGAAAGAGAGAAAGAGAAAGAGAAAUAGAGAAAAAAAGAGAGAGAGAAAGUAGCUGAAGGAUGCAAAAGCAAAUUCAUUUUAUUUAGAAGCAUUGCAUAAGCAUAGCAACUGAAGAGAAAAAUGAAGGAGGUAAUUAUAAAAAAUAGAACACUAACACAAGAUAACGCAUUGCAAACAGAGAAAUGAAAAGACAAACAAAACAACUAAUGGAUAUUAGUUAAAUUUUAUUACCUUUCAUUUGUUCCACAUUUUUCUUUAUCUGAAAAUGAUUCGAAAUGUGAAAAGGAUGUUUUCCGUGCAUUAGCUCCUACGAUUUGCUUGACCUAAGGUAUGCUACGGUGCACGCACAAUGUAUUGUGCAAAAGUUUGAUGACUUCUGUUAAAAACACGACAAUUUUUGUGCUGAAAAAAAUGAAUGCAAUCUUUUCAAUAAUAUGUACUUGUGUGUACAGAGAAAGGAAAGAAGUACAAAUUAUCGUUAAAAUAAGUGUUGUGCAUUUGUUUCAUUACGUUAAACGGCUGAGUCUCGGUCCAGAAAAGACAGAACGUUCGUCUAGGUUGAGUUAUAGUUUACUGCGUUUUAUAACUCAUUGCUUCUGAUCUGAUCAUCGUGCACACGUGUUGUUUUAAGCGUUACAAAAAUAUGUAACCACCCAAACAAGAUGCGGUGUAUUUACGCCAUACAAAUCGGGACUAAUAACGGCUACAACCAAACAAUGCAAUACGAGAUGCAUCUCUGUGCGGUAGUGAACGAGAGCAAAAACAAAACAAACAAAAAACGGAUCGAAAGAAGCUAACAAUUAAGAACGGUAACUACAACCGACUAUCUAUUAUGAAAUAUUGUGAAAUUUUAAAUUCUGUUGUUUCCUUUCAAGUCUAUUAUAGCGAAUAAACAAGAAAAAGAACAAAUAAAAGUAUCGUUAGGAUGUAGACAGCAGGGCGGACACAGAACACAGGCAAAAAAGACAAAAAUUGUACGUAAGGGUUGCAACAAAUAUUUGUCAAACGUUUGAAAUUAUGCGCGCUGCAGCGGGAAAUCAACAAAUGUGUGCAAUCUGUGCGAAUCGGUACCGAAAACCAAUGAACAGUAUAAAAGAGAGAGAAACCCGAACGGAGGAAAUAAAAUAAGCGACGAAAAAAAAAGAAAAGAACAAAAAAAGAAAUAAAUCUAAUGUUAAGAUGUACUACCAUAGGUAACGAUUUAAUGCAUUAAAUGCGCAAAGUGAAGAAAACAAAACAAAAAAAACCCUCGAAACCAUGAGAAAAAUAUCGUCAAUCGAACGAAGAUGCUAAGGAACAAAAUACGCAAAAAUUCGCAACAAAUACAUUGUGUUAUGUCAUUUUUACGCGAGCCUUUAAGCACUACAAACAUUCACGAGGAAGCGAGACAAAAAGGACACUCCCCGACACUCCCACACAAAAAAAGGAAAAAAUCAUUUAUCAGCAAUAGUUUGUUUGUUGAAGAAAAACGAAAAUGCAGUAAUACUUAUCACAUGCCUCCACGAAAAACAAAAAAAUAGAACCGUUUUUCUCGAAUUUAUACGACACUACCUUAUCGCAUAAUGCGAUUUUUAAGCGAUCACAAUAAAAUGUAGCACGUUCGAUGUGCGUGAAGUUGUAAAGCAAAGCAUCCUAAUGAUGGAAGAAAACAUAACUAAACCACAAAUGAAAAAACAAGCACACAUGACCUGACACCUAGCACUCAUGUACAACUUUUCGAUGGAGCUCAGUCUGUUUGUGUGUGCGUGUGUGUAGGGCAACCAGUUAAAUAACGCUAAGGAUGUGUUCUUUAUUACGUUUGUUACAAAUGCCCUCCUAUCUUAUGGCUACGCUGCUACUGAACAGUAAUGGAACAGCAUAUGCUAAUACACAUGCCAAGAUGGUUCGAUCCACCGUUGCGAAGGGUGGUGAUGUUUUUAUAGAGUAUUAAAAUUUCUCAAAAAAAAAAAUAAUUUAUUUACAAAACCGGAACACCAUUGCGGUUCCAAAACGACUUCGAAAUGUGAUCAACCAAUACAGAAACGGAAGUAAAUCUCAAAUGUUUUAUUUUUUUCAAACCCAAAGGAACCGAAGAAAUGGCAACGUACAUCAACUACGCGCAACUACGUUUCCUGUUAUCGGUUCUAUUCCCCGUGCAUCGCGCAGAACAAGCCAAUCCGGAUGAUUCCGUUUCAAUUUUUUCUUUUCAUCCCGUUGUUUGACAGCGUGAGACAGAGUGAGAGUUUCCCAGAAACUCUGAAUCCUACACAGUAGCUUUAAUUAAUGAGAGAAAUGGUUAUAUUAUUAGAAAAGCUUGGUCAUAGACACAGUGAGAACAAAUGCAGACAGCGAACACACAAAACGUGAUCAAUCCUCGUGCCAGGGGUGGCACAAACACUAGACCAUAGCGCGUAUGGUGGCGCAAUGUAGAGAUAGCGAGGAACAAGCUGCAAACAUUCGGAGAUCAAAUCUCCUCCCGAAAUCACACGGGUUAACCGAAAGGUAUCAGAGAGAUGAUACCGUUCAAAAAAUGGAAAAAAGAUUAUAAUAACAAUCCAGCGAACACUGUGCAACUGCACGAUGGCAAAUCGAUGUAUUGUGUCCGUCGCAUAUCGGUGGCAAAAUCGGUGAGAAUCAGAAACGGCAAUGCUGUAGUUUAUACGAUACGUAAACCUAGAACGACCAAAACCCUUCAAAAGCAAAAACAACAUGCAAUGCAAAACGGUGGCAAAAAAGAAAGAAAUGAAAAAAAACACAAAAACGUUGGUAGAAACAAGACAAGUAGAACGUUAAAUAAAGGUAACUGUAACACACAGCUAAAGAGAAAUGCAAAAGUUUGAAAGUAAUGCCAGAGAAAACAAAAAAAAACACACACACAAAGCGAUUAAAUUACACGAAUGAAACAGAUGAGAAAACUAUAACCCACAAGCGAAAAAGAACAGUAAACAUGAAAACAAUUUCCAUGUAGAACGAUUUUGUCUCGCAAAACCUGUAGAAUGAAAAUGUAUGACAACAAUAUAAACUGGUUUUUGGCACACGUGUGCGAAUCGGAGAUGGGAAAGAUGUGCAAUUUUUCGAAAGAAAAAAAACACACAUACACAAAUACAAAUGCUACACCACCUGCACACAGUUCUUUAUUCAAGUGGGAUUUAUGGGUUUGAGGAGUGAUUCGCUUUUGUUCUGUGCUAAUUUUCAAACAUCAACUUUAUUUGCUUAAAACGCUGUAUAAUAUGAUAAGUUUUUAGUUCGUUGGGGUUUGUGUAAGUUUAGGAAAAAAUAUAUUUUGAAAACAUGUUUAAAUCUUCCUAUUUCAUCCCAGCGUUACACACAGAACACCCUCUCAAUCGUAUAGAAGGCAAUAGAACUUUAAUGUACGCGAAUGCAGAACGAAAGAUCGUUACAUAUACUUAAUGGUAAUAAUAGCGCUGACGAACAGACAGACACAACAUCCAAACCGAUGAAAUGCAGCAUAAGAAAAGCGACAAAUCGUAUAAUAAAUCCACAGUAAGAUCAGAAUCGGCGGAGAGAAUUAAUUAAUAUAAACUGUAUGUGAGGAAAGCUGAGCGAAAGAAAAAAAAAAGGUCAGAACAAAGAGUAACAAAUAUAUAACAAAAAGCAAACAAACGAACAAUUAUGAAACAACACAAACAAACCAACAAAACUAAACCAUACAAAACAAUUUAAAUGACAAAAUGAAAAGAAAGUAUAUUUUUAAACGAUGUAGAAAUGACGGGUUUUGCCUUUUCCGUUGCGUAUUUUACUGAAAAAGCCGAUCAUUAAUAUUAAACUAUUCGUUGAAAAGUAAAGGAGCGAGUGAACAACAUAACAAUAGUACUAAGCUCUUCACGAACAUCGGUGAUAGAGAUUUAAUAGCAGUUGGUAAUAGAGAAAUUGCAUGUGGCUAAAGAACGGCAAGCUUUUUAUAGUAAUGCAUUGUUUUGUAGCUACCUUACUCUCAAAAUUUAACUUGUUUUUCUAUAUCAAUGACACUGAUAGCGAUGUAAACAGUUUUGUAUUAACUAGUUUAACUCUAUAAAGUUAAAUUAGCUUUUUAAUAUUUUGUUUUCAUUUUAUUUAGAUGGCAUUAUAGCCUUGCAAGUACUAAGCAUUGUGUUGUGUGCAUGUUACAUAAGAGAUCAUCGGAAACGUUCGAAAAGAGUUCAAGUAAAACAAAGGAAUGAAAUAACAUAUUUUUCUAGCAUUGAACAACUCAAAGCAAAUGAACCACCAUAGCAAACACAAAAAGCUAAACGAAACGCAUGUAACUUUAUACCGCGUGUAAACAGUGGUCAAACCGAAAAGGUGUAGAAAAAAUCGAAGAACAGGAAACAGAACUAGGAAACAGGAGUGUGUGUAAAAAAUGAUAAAAAAAAACAAAACAUGGAUAAAGAAAACAUUACACCGACUGGGAAACGGCAUAAAACAUAAUAAUAAUAA